AUGUUUUACUGUUGUCAUUUCAGCUGUGUUGGUGUGGAUGAAGAUGAUGCUCCAGACAUUGACAUUUACCACUGUCCAAACUGUGAGAAGACCCACGGCAAAUCCACGCUGAAAAAGAAAAAGAACUGGAGCAAACAUGACACGGGGCAAAGCACAGAUAUCAAAGCUGUUCAGAACGGCAGUCAAGUUUUCAUCAAAGAGCUCCGCAGCAGAACGUUUCCAAGUGCUGAUGACAUCGUAGUAAAACUGAGCGGAGGUCAGCUAACCUUGGACUACCUGGAAGAGAACGGCUUCACCGAGCCAAUCCUGGUUCAGAAGAAAGACGGUUUGGGCAUGUCCAUGCCCGCUCCCACCUUCUACAUCAGUGAUGUGGAGAACUAUGUCGGUCCUGAUGUUGGCGUGGAUGUCGUAGACGUCACCAAACAGACGGACAGCAAGAUGAAGCUCAAAGAAUUUGUUGAUUACUACUACAGCACAAACAGGAAGAAAGUGUUAAACGUCAUCAACCUUGAGUUCUCGGACACAAGAAUGAACAGUAUAGUGGAGAGUCCGCAGAUAGUGCGCCGGUUAUCAUGGGUGGAAAACUACUGGCCUGACGACGCUCUGCUGGGGAAGCCCAAAGUCACCAAAUACUGUCUGAUCUGUGUCAAAGACAGCUACACCGACUUCCACUUCGAGUGUGGAGGAGCCUCCGUGUGGUAUCACGUCCUGAAGGGAGAGAAGAUUUUCUUCCUCAUCAAGCCCACUUCAGCCAACCUCUCUCUGUAUGAGCGCUGGAGGUCCUCAUCCAAUCACAGUGAGAUGUUCUUUGCCGACCAGGUGGACAAGUGUUAUAAAUGCACCCUGAAGCAAGGCCAGACUCUUUUCAUUCCGUCAGGAUGGAUAAAUGCAAUAUUGACUCCAGUGGACUGCCUGGCCUUCUCCGGACACUUUGUCCACAACCUGAGCGUGGAGAUGCAGAUGAGGGCGUACGAGAUCGAGAAGCGGCUAAAGGUCAAAACUCUAACUCCGUUCCCCAACUAUGAGACAGCGUGCUGGUAUGUGGGACGGCACUUCCUCGAGAGAUUCAAAGGUUUACAUAAAGCAAAUAAGCAGCCAGCUUCGUACCUGAUACAUGGUGCCAAAAUUGUCAAUGGAGCCUUCAGAGCUUGGACCAAAAAACAGGCUCUCCUGGAACAUGAAGAUGAGCUUCCAGAAAACAUGAAGCCAUCACAACUUAUCAAGGAUCUUGCCAAAGAGAUCAGAUUGUCAGAGAAUGCAACAAAAGCCAUUAAGAGUGAGCCCACUAUCAAGAUACCCGUGGAGGAGCCCCCGUCCACCCACUCUGAACCAGAGGAACCCGUUUCCCCAGCGCACAUCCCAUCACCCAGCAGAGAGAAGUCAAGGAAAAAAGCUUCUAAACCCCAAAAACCGCCUAAGCCCCCCAAGCCCCCGAAGAUGCCCAAGGCCCCCAAGCCCCCCAGGGUACCCAAGGUCAAAGAGGGAGGAAAGAAGAAAGCAAAGAAGACUAAAGAGCUUUCACCUCCUCCUAAACCUUCCAGCUUCGCAGCUCUCGAGUCUCAUGCAAAGGACAUUCUGAGUAAAAUGGACCAGCCCAAAAAAACAAAGGCUGUCAAGAAUGUCCUCAGCAUGUCAGAGAAGGAAAUAUCAAAGCAGAACAACAUGGAGAAGUUUGAAAUCAGAGAGCAAAACAAGAACAAGACUGAAGCAAAAUGGAAGUACAAGAAUAGUAAGCCAGAUUCCCUGCUGAAAAUGGAGGAGGAAUGCAAAUUUGAUAGAACCCCACUGUCAGGCAAUAAGGACCGAUUCAGCUUCACCAUGUCUCACAUUAAGAUGCACAGCUCAAAGACGCUGAAACCUCAGAGCAACGCCAGUGUUUUUGGAUCAUUACAAAACCUUAAAGAGGACAAAUCAAAGCCAGUGAGAGAUGAAUACGAGUACGUGUCAGAUGAAGGGGAGCUGAAGAUCGACGAAUUCCCCAUCAGGCGGAAAAAGAAUACGGUCAAGAGAGAUCUUUCCUUUUUAUCAGACAUCAGAGACCCGCUUCAACCAGCCAAAAAAACAAAGCUCCAACCGUUGGUCACAAAGAGCAUAGACUCCUCAGAUGAAGAGACUCUGCACAUAGACACAGAGACCAAGCCCGAGGUCAAAGGUCGCAACUCUAAGGUGAAGAAAAAGGGCGGAAGUGCAGCAGGGAUUCUGGACCUGUUGCAGGCCAGCAAGCAAGUGGGGGGGAUCGACUACAGCGCUAACAGUCAGCCACCUGCGUCUCCCAGUACACAGGAGGCCAUUCAGGGCAUGCUGUCCAUGGCCAACCUGUCCUCUUCAGACAGCUUACCGCAGCCGUGGAGCCACAGCCAGUCCAAAAACAAUAACCAGGCAAAGAACAACUCGCACAGCUCGCAGGCCGCUAAGAAGGGCGGCGGGGGGGGCGGAGCCAGCGGAAGCAGCAACAGCAAACAGACCACCAAACGCGUCCCCAAGAAACCCAGGAAAAGUAGCAGUAUUGAGAGUCUGGAUUAUGACGACGACCAGGAUCACAUGGAUGCGUGUUUCAAGGACUCAGAUUAUGUUUACCCCUCGUUGGAGUCUGAAGAGGACAAUCCUGUUUUCAAAUCCAGAUCGAAAAAGCGGAAAAGCAGCGACGACACUCCCUACAGCCCCACAGGUAAGACCUGGACGGCCCGAAUAAAGUUUAAACCCCGUUCAGCUUUGGGAUUUCACCCAGACCUGAGCCCUGCUCCUGAUGUGUCCACAGCCCGCGUUGGACCCUCAGUGCCCAGACAGGAGCGGCCGGCCAGAGACGGCGCCCGCGUGGCCUCCAUAGAGACGGGCCUGGCCGCCGCCGCCGCCAAGCUCUCCCAUCAGGAGGAGCAGCAGAAGACCAAGAAGAAGAAAAAGAGCACCAAAAAGAAGGCGCUCGUAGCUGAAGAGCCCCCGAAACUCUCUCAGGACAGCAGCUCGCCGGAGCACAACGUGGACUCCCACGAGGGCAGCCUGACCGACCAGGAGCUCAGCCCCGGAGCGGUCAAGUCGCCGGGCGGGCCGCAGCCCAUGGCGCCGGGGGUCUUCCUCAGCCAGAGGCGGCCGUCCCUCUCCUCCCCCAACAACAGCACCCACUCCACCAGCACCCACUCCAGCAGCAUGGCCAAGGUGGACCGGGCGGGGUCAGCAGAUGCCAAAGCGAAGCGGCUAAAGAAAGGCAUGGCCACAGCCAAACAGAGACUCGGCAAGAUUUUAAAGAUUCAUCGAAAUGGAAAGCUCCUUCUGUAGCAUGCAGUAAACUGUUGAAGGACUGAGGAUUCUUCAUCCCAAACUCACACAACUGCUCAUCGAGAAAAAGCCAACAAUGAGGAGAAGAGAAGGAGGAAAGAAAGAAAAACUGAAACAAGACGGCAGAGGAGGAAAAUCAUGCAUUUUUCAAUUUGUAAGAAGAACAUCACUCAAAUAGGUUUUUGCCUCUACUUAUACUUUAUAACUUUCAGAUAUUAAAGUGUACAGAGCCUAUUAUAAAUAUUUUUUAAGAAAACAUGUCUCAUUUUACUACAGCUGUCAGUUUAUCAGGGGUUGCUGAAACAUGAAGUAGAAGUACAUUGCAGUCAUUCCAAGAUAUGUGAAAGUAUCCCUUGCAUGUAUUCAGUUGCAUGUGCGCUUUUGUCAGAGCUGGGGGGGGGGGGGGGGGGGGUAGUUCCUACGUAUGGAUGCAGCUUAUCAUUGCAACACUGA